GCCGAGCUCCAGCCGGGAGGGGGGCGGGGUGCGCGUUCCUGUCUCGGGGGGGGUGUCACCCGGCUGGCCCCCGCGUCACAGAGGCAGGGGUUCUAGCGGCGGCGCGCGACAGGGUCCUGCUUAUCUCCAGGUUUGGUAAGGCGUUUUAAAAUAAUGGCGCUGAUGAAGAGCGGCUGGCUUUGGAGACAAAGUUCCAUUUUGCGACGUUGGAAACGGAACUGGUUUGUUCUAUGGCUUGACGGUGGCCUUGUAUAUUACCAGGAUGAGACCCAGCGUGACCUGGAGGGCAGGAUCCACAUUAAAUUCAACUGCCGGGAUAUAAAGACUGGCCGUGAAUGCAGAGAUGUGCAGCCUCCAGAAGGGAGGAGCCGAGAUUGCUUGAUGACAAUUGUGCUGCGAGAUGGCUCCAAAGUGACCCUGUGUGCAGAAAGUGAGGACGACGCGGUCGCCUGGAAGAUGGCACUGCUGGAGGCGAAAAACACCCCGGUCCAUAUGUACGACCCGUAUGAUGACUAUUACCAGACAGUGCCCUUGGAUUCCCACCAGGCCAUGUACGUCAGCUCGGGAUACUACGGCACCCAGUAUGGAGCGCCCGGCGUGACUCACGUGAUUGUCCGGGAGGACCCCUACCGCGUGUCGGGAGACCAGAUGGCUUUGGGCUUGCUGGCCGGCGCUGCCACCGGGGCUGCCCUGGGAUCCUUCAUGUGGAUGCCGUGCUGGUUCUAAGAACGCCCUCGCUUGCAAGAUGCCUCUGGACCAAGCACUUGCCCGAGAAGUUUGGGUUUUCUCCAGGCGGCCGGCGAGGCGAUGUCCUAGAAAAUAGACCGUUAUAAGGUUUCCCUCCCAUCCCCCCACGAGUCUGCACUUUGCUUGGCAUUCCCAACUAGGCGCAUUGGUGGCAUAAAUUUUCCCCUGCCUCCUAACCCAGAAGUCAUUUAAUUUUCUCAUCACUCAACACACUCCAGAUGCCCCUGACCUAGGUGGCGCCUUCCCACCCAGACCUCAAUGAGGGUCAAGCAGAAAGUGCUGCUGUUCUGGAGGGUGAAUAGUGACCUCCACUACCUCGCAGCCUCUCCGCAGUGAACUGUCAGCUCCAGCUCCUGGCCCUACUCCUACGAGGAGGAAGGAGGAGCCGAGCACAGAGCCAGAGCCUCAGAUGGUGUAUGUUGAUCAAGUUCCACUGAGGCUGGGGGGAUGAUGCCAGCUUACUCCAGCUGAGAAUCUCGGCUCGAUUGGCCCACGGGUUUCAGAUCCCUGUCGCUUAUCGGCCAGUGCUGUACAUGUAGCAGAUGUUCCAUAUGCUGCAUUUCAAAGAAAUCCUACUUCGACUUACAUAGGAAGUAACAGGAAACAGCCUCCUUCGUAUGUAGCAGCCCCUCCUCACGCCCUCGUGUGUACCAUAUAUAGAACACGUGACUGGCUAGCUGUGUAAAUGAAACACAUAUCUCAUCCUACGGGGGCGGGUAUUGCAUUUUAGACGUGAUUCUGUCUGGUCCAAGUGUAAUAGACAACGCCUACAGCGUACGUCACGUCUCAUGUAAAACGUGUUUGGACGUGAGCUAUGCAAAUCUUUCCGUGCGUCCUAUUUACACCAGUGCAUGUUGGCACUUACCCAGCCGCUCUUACACUCCACUCAGCUAUUAAAAAGAGGUGACUCACUAAUUUCA